CAAAGGCAGCUGCUUCUGCGCCGUAGGAUUAUUUUCGUCUACCUACGCCGCCAACAUGCUGAAAUACAGCGGCAUGGACAGAUUACAGAAAGAGCUACCUGCAUGUUAACAGCAUGUUAUAAACAGGCAAUUCCCAGAAUACGGUUUAAAAGAAAUGCAGAGUAGAGAGUGUACUUAACGCUAACAGAAUCAUUAAAGUCGAAAUCAUUUGAAAUCAUGACGCUGAACGAGAGUGACGCUCACAAGCAACUGGAGCUGACGCGCAACUUUCUGGAGUUGUCGAGGAAUGCCGACACCUGUGCCGCAUUGCGCAGCUCCGACUGCAUUCAACUUUUGGUACAAAUAAUCCACGCCAAUGAUGAUGGCGCUGGCGCAGGAGGAGCGGCAAGGAAGAACGCCAGUCAAGCACUGCAUAACAUUGUCCAAGGGAAUCAGCGGGAGGUGAAGGUGCUCCGAUUGCUGGAUCAAAUACAUGAUUACAGUUGCAACUUUCUGCGCACGCAACUCCAAAGUGGAGGUGAAUCCAUAGCUGACGACGAGGAACGACAUCCCCUGACGGCCAUGAAGCUACUGAUGAAGGCCAGCUUCGAUGAGGAGCAUCGUCAGACCAUGUGUGAGCUGGGUGCCUUGAAAGCCAUACCAAAUCUGGUUCAUCUCGAUCAUGCGGUUCAUGGACCGGCAUCGGGACGAGAGCAGUGCAAUCUACUGCGUCGUUAUGCUCUCAUGACGCUGACCAAUCUCACUUGCGGCGAGGAGAACAACAAGUCACUGCUGUGUGGCCAAAAGCAGUUCAUGGAAGCGCUCGUUGCCCAACUCGACUCCAAUUCGGGUGAUCUCGAUGAUUUGCUGCAGGCCACCGCCAGUGUCUUGAGGAAUCUCUCCUGGCGCGCUGACAAGCAUCUGAAGACCAUAUUCAAUGAGCUGGGAACGGUGACAUCUCUGGCAUUGGCCGCCAUGCACAACAAGAGUGAGAACACAUUGAAGGCCAUUCUCUCCGCCUUGUGGAAUCUCUCGGCUCACUGCAGCACCAACAAGGCGGAGUUUUGUGCAGUGGACGGCGCAUUGGCGUUUCUUGUCCAAAUGCUAAGCUACGAGGGACCCAGCAAGACGCUAAAAAUUGUCGAGAAUGCUGGCGGCAUAUUGCGCAACGUGUCCAGUCACAUUGCGGUCUGUGAAUCAUAUCGCCAGAUCCUGCGGCAACAUAACUGUCUGGCCAUUCUGCUGCAGCAGCUGAAGUCGGAGAAUCAGACGGUGGUGAGCAACUCCUGUGGCACGCUAUGGAAUCUAUCUGCACGGUGUCCCGAGGAUCAACAGUUUCUAAUCGACCACAAUGCAAUUCCAUUGCUGCGGGCUCUUGUCAGCUCCAAGAACACCAUGAUAGCCGAGGGAAGCGCAUCUGCCCUGAAGAACCUCGUCAAUUAUCGGGCUGCUCUGGAACUUACGCCUCGCAACGAGAUGCCAGUGAAGGAACAAAACAAUGGACAUGCUGAUACUUUGCCCCGACGUUACAGUUCCAUGCGCCUGAGCAGCAAUCCCACGGGUUCCCUCAAGAAGGUGAGACCCGCAACAGUGGGCAACAACACGGCCAGCAACACCUUACCACGUAAAUGUGCCAGCCGUGAAUCGAUCUAUUCCGGCAAGUCUGAUUCAGAUUCCACUAAAUACUCAACCAAAUCCGACGGCGCGACAGCCAAAAGUCAUUACGAGACUCCCUCGGAGGAGCAGCCCAUUGACUACUCAAUGAAGUAUAGUUACAGCGAGCAUAAGCCGCCCAAGGCCAGCUUUGAUACUUCCAUUGACCUGGAUCAGCCAACAGAUUUUAGUGUGCGGUACAAGGAACGUCGAUCCGCGCAAGCUGCACAGCCGCAGCCCACAACAACUGUAGACAGAGACAGCAGCGAAAUCCUGCUCAUAUUAGAUGAAACCGGCAAUGGCAACGGCACUGGCUCUUCAUCCCCGUGUGCUCAACCUCUGGCGAAAUCCGCAUCCGCUUGUGAUUUGAGCAGCGAUCGAGUGCAGCGUCCAAAGACGCUCAACUUGCGCAGCUCCGCAAUGGAGAAUCUGGCCACCGAUAAGUCCAAUGACUGCCUGGACAAUCCCGAGCCUGAGACGGAGCCGGAGCCAGGCGAGCGACCGAUCAACUAUUGUGAGGAAGGCACACCAGGUUGCUUCAGUCGCUUCGAUUCGCUCAACAGCUUGACGGAUGUGGCGCCUGGCAAGCAUGAGAAGCAGCCAGUGGUGCCCAAGACACCAGAUGCACUAACUCCAACGGCAGAACCAAAUCCUGCAGUCAACGGCAACAGCGUUGGCAACAACAACAAUAGUGCUAGCCAGGUUAUUUAUUCGGCCAUGCAAACGCCGUUGAUGUUCUCGAGGCACAGUUCCAUGGACUCGCUGGUAAAUGAUGAGACAAUUGCCUGCGAUGACAAUGCAUCUGUCAUCAGCGACUACAGUCGGAUGCAAAGUGGCGUCAUCUCGCCAUCCGAGCUCCCUGAUUCGCCUACACAGAUCAUGCCGCAAUCACCACGUCGGGAACGCAAGAUCAACUCCCAGCAGCAGGAGACGCCUAUGAGGAGCUCUCAUGCCAAUGACCUCAAUGGGAACGAUGAUCGACGAAACUACUGCACCGAGGAUACUCCUGCGCUGCUUUCCAAGGCGGGCAGCAAUAGCAAUUUGUCGGUGUUGUCAAUCGCCUCCACUACAAAUGAUUAUAAUGCCAAUGAGCACAAGUUGUCACAAGUUGUCGAUCCACAGAUUAACGUUACUGAAGAUCCCAUUACCAAGAUGCGAUGCGGCGGAUUGCCAAGUUACUUGCCAGUGACGGAUGAAAUGAACAAAUACUAUGUCGAGGACAGUCCCUGCAAUUUCUCCGUCAUCUCUGAGCUAUCCAAUUUGACGGUGGGCUCUGCUCAAGUUGGACCCAUGCGUGUGACCAUGAAGCCACCACAAUUGCUGCCACGGAAUGCUGAAUCCGCGCCAAAGCUGCCACCACGACGAAGUGCCGUCCAAGUGGAGACCGAACCUCGACUGCUGACCAAGCGCAGUGACUCGCUUAGCUCGUUGUCCAUGGACUCUGACGAUGACUGCAAUCUGCUGAGUCAGGCCAUUGCUGCAGGCAGCUGCAGACCGCCGCCAAGUGGCGCCAGCACCAGCACCAACUCGAGUCAUACAAAGACACUGCCCAAAUCCAAUGGCCACAGGCGACAGACCAUUGAUGGGGCCAAGACUGAUUACAGCUCCGAUGAUUCGCUCGAUGACGGACAGUCAAAGUCAUUGUUUGAACAGUGCAUUUUGAGUGGCAUGCACAAGUCCAAUGAUACUCUGGAGAGCGAUCGAAAUGAUCCGCCCAGCGAUCGAUUUGUCAGUAGUCAGGUGCGACAAAUUGAAUCCAUGCUGGCCACAGUUCGACCACCGCCGCCGCGUUCCGCCUCCGCGAGUCGUCAACGGCAGCAGCAUCAUCAUUGGGUCUAAAACCAUUGAAGUAGACUUUUUGCAGUUUGUUGGUCGUUUCUUUAUCUUUCUCUAUUUAAUUAAUGUACACACUGCAAUAAUAUUCUUACGGUCUCAAUUUGUCUAUAGUUCUGAUUAAAAUGUUCACUUAAAUUUAA